AUGUUUGCCGACAACUUUGAGGUAGCCACUGCGGUGCUAUCUCGGCUCAAAGGACCUGUGGCGGGUCAAUACGCCCAAGUACAAAUGCAGGAGUGCUACACCGCGGGAGUGUGGCCUGUCUGGGAUAAUCUCAAACAAAUCUGUUCCUUCAAACAAGGAAAUAUGAGGACAGAUAAUUUUGUAACCCAGUUCCUGGCCCUCUCCAUACAAGGGGGCUUAGGUAAUGAACACGCAGUAGAGCUGCUGGAACGCAAUGUGAACCCCCACGUUGCAGAACAGCUCUAUCUGCAGGAUAUGAGAAGUGAGAACCUCUCCCAAGCAGCAGAGGAGGUUAGGAAAAUAGGUAGGGCCAUAGAGCUCUGCAAAAUGCAUCAAGGUGGCGGGACCACCACCAAAAACACCUAUUCCCAGAGGAGCCCUGGGUCAUCAAACCAAAAACAAAAUCACUCUCACGGGUUGCAACUAUACGGGUUGCAACUGGGGCGGGGUGCUCCUAUGGAUAUCGGCGUGGUCCAGGGUGGACAAAAGCGCAGAUUCACCUGCUUCAGCUGUGAGAAGGAAGGGCACAUGGCCCAAAAUUGUACAAACGGAGUGCGGGCCGCUCAACAAAAAAAUAACCAAGGGUGCCAGGCACGCCAAUUAGAAGCAGAAAAACUAGAUGAUCGGCUCAAUUCUUUGGCCGGUUGUUCUUACAACAAGAUCCGGGCUUUCUUUUACGAUCAGCAGGUUGCUGAAAUAAAAGCCCAGGGAAAAGAAUUCGGAGUGUAG